CAACAAUUCAAUGUCCUUGCAAACAUAUUUCAAUGCAUUAUCAAUCAUUCAUAUCCAUAUCAGUUCGAUAUCAUCCUAUUUGUUCUAGUUUAUUCAUAUCUGAUAGAUGGAUUAAUAUUCUUUUCAAUACAAAUAUAAGCUUUUUUUAUCCAAUUGAUUUUCGAUCAUCAGCUACAGGUCAAUUUCAACUACUUGCAUCGCUUUGUUCACUUGCUUUGACAUCAGUAUCGGAUGCUAUUGAUGACUUUCUUUCGGCUAAUUUUCUAACACCAGAUGUUUUCUCACGUUUACAAUUCGAUGAACAAAUUCGAGCACAAAGUUUGUUUGUACAAAUAUCAACAGCAAAUGUUUUCCAAAAUCUACUUCGUCUCCUACGUUCGACUACUUACAGUAAUCGAUUACAGACUGCAUUACAAACAUCUCGAUCAUAUUUAUUCGAACUCAAUGUUAAUAAUACAGCAUCGGUAUUUUCAUGGGGUCCGGCUUUUCUUGAUAUUAGAAGAAUGUAUUGUUAUUGUAAUCUUGGAGCAACAUGCUUCUUGCCCUCUACUUUCUAUCUUCCUACUGCUUAUGCCGUUCCUACUUAUGGCGUAUAUAGAGGGACUAUACGACCCAUGGCUAAUGUGACCGGUUUCGUAGCUGGAUGCUAUCCUAUUGAAUCAGUUCUUCGAUCAACACUCGAAUGUUUCUUUGAUUCAUCUUGUUUAAAUACAGUGCUACAAUUCUUUUCUUUAUCCAUCAAUAGCACUUUUCAUAGUUUAAAUCACAAUCAAACACGAUUUCAUCCACAAGAUUCUAUCGAGAGAUUAGUCAAUGAAUUAUUUGUCGAAGAUUGGACAACAAUAAGAUCAUUUUCAUCAUAUUAUGCACAAUGUGAGCCCAUUUCAUGUACGUACACUUUCACACGCCAUAAUAAUGUAUUGUACAUAAUAACGAAAUUGUUCGGUCUCUACGGUGGACUCACUAUUGCUCUUCGUCUUCUCGUGUCACAUACAAUUGGUUGGUGGCGUACACGUACCAAUCGACCGAGACAUCCGACAAAUGUUAAUACAAGUAAGUCUCACUACUACACAGUCAUGUACUAA